UCGAUAGGAACAGCGGCAGCAGCAGCAGCCUCGGUCCUGCGCAGCGCCCAUCGACGUGGCUUCGCGGCGGCCCGAGCGGAUGAUGCAGCUGCCGAGCCCCGCCAGGGAAGCAGCAGCAGCAGCAGCAGCUCAGAGCGGAGGCGGUGCCACGGCCGGGCGCUGGAAGGCGACAGCAGCGACUGCAGCGGCGGGGGCGACGACGGCCACCCUUCUCAGGAGUGCCGCUCCCCUCUGGUUAAGAAGCAGCGGCGCGUCCCCGAGGAGAGCCCCGUCGCAGUAGCGCUUCCCAGGCCCCGGAGGCUAUGGAAGACCACACCGGCGGGCCAAGUCUGUAGGAUGGUAGCACAUAGCAGCGUGACGCCUGAGAAUGGGAUCGCGACAGGCCUGAGGUGUCGACUUGAGCCCCCGCUGCGGGACGCCCUGCAAGCCCGGGUCCCCCACGCUCUCGGCUGUGCCAGCGCCGUGCCAGCGCCCCGGGACACCCACUUCCACACCUUUCGCUCGCAGGCGGACUUCAGCACCAUCAUUCACACCAGCGCCUUGCUGGAUGAGUGCGGUUUUUAUUGGGGACCGUUGUCGGUCAACGCGGCCCAUGAGAAGCUCAAAGGCGAGCCGGUGGGGACCUUCCUCAUCCGGGACAGUCGGCAAAAGAACUGCUUCUUCACCAUUAGCGUUAAGACUGCCACGGGACCCACUAGCAUCCGCGUGGUCUUCCAGGCCGGCCGCUUCAGCUUGGACGGCAGCAAAGAGGUGUUUAACUGCCUCUUCCAGCUGCUGGAGCAUUAUGUCAGCUCCCCGCGGAAAGUCUUGGUCGCCCCGCUGCGCAAGGAGCGCAUGCGGUCCCUGCAGGAACUCUGUCGGAAAAACAUCGUGGCGACUUACGGCAGAGAGAACUUGGGCCGCGUCCCCCUCAACCCGGUCUUAAAGGAUUACCUAGAAUCGUUCCCUUUCAAGUUGUAAGGGGCUUGCAUUAAAUCGGCCACCGCGGCUGGGAGAAGGUGAAGACGGGAGAGGAAAUCGAGGCCCCAGAGGUCACUCUUGUCUGUUGCCGCUUUUAAAAUAGCGUGCAGCUAUGACCUUGAGGGCCGAGUGGAAGCGAUCCGCUCGCUCGCAGAGAGCCCUGUUCAGGGCGAAGAGGCGGUUGUGAUGGAAAGCUUGGAGUUGCGCGGAGACUCCUUUGGCGCCAUGACUGUUGGGAUGUGCAGAUUGCAGCAAUGCUGGCAGAUGUCGGGAUUUUUGGAAAUGUGUCAGUCAUGAACAUAUCUAUUUUUGUAGCAGUUGUACUGUAUGUGGAGGAGGAGGAGGGGUGGAACUUGGAACACUUGACUUUUAAUGUUUACAUAACUCAUAACUGAAAAACUGUUUGCACAAAGCAAGGCUACACGAAAGUCUUGACAAUAAUGUGUUCUGCUGGGCAGAACGUGCUGUUAUUUUAUACCUAUUUUUUUAAAUGGGGUAAUAAACCUUAUUCUAAAAGUUUUUGCAAAAAACAACCACCAGAACUCUAGUCUCUUUGUGGGCUUUGGAUAUUUAGUUUUUGCAAGGCCACAGAUUUGGGCAGGAUUUGGGGAACUUUUGGCUCUCCCAUUGUCGCCGAGCUAGUUUCCUUCAGCCCUAACCAGUAUGGCCAGGGGCUGGGAAUGUUGGGAGUUGUAGUUCAGCAACAUCUGGGGAUGGGGGGUACUCUAGGGCUUCAUUAUCUGCUUCUGGCUUCAUUUGUGACUCUUCUUUGGGCACAGAGCAAUGCUUCCUGGAGAUAAUAAUAUCGUCACUUACUUGAGAGUUGCACGUUAAAGCAGCAUAAUUCAUUGACCUCUAAAAAGAACAGCGCCUGGGAUGUAGCUCAAGUCGGUAGAGCAUGAGCCUCUUAAUCUCUGGGUUGUGUUUUCGAGACCCAUGCUGGGCAAAAGAUUCCUGUGUUGCCUGGGGGUUUGGACUAGAUGACCCUUUAGGGGUUCCCUUCUAACUCAUCCAUUAUCUAUGAUUCUAUAAUAAGGUCCACUGACUCUGCAUGCAUAGGGGUGUUAGAGAGCUGCCGAAGGUCUUUUCUGAAAGUUGAAAUUAGACCUAGCCAACUGGGAUCUUGUCCAGGACCCUGGAAAUAAGGCCCUGCUCAUGGAAUAACAAAAAUCCCAGAGGGAGAAGGGACCUCCCAGGUAAUCUAGCCUACCAGUCUUCAAUUCGUGGGCUGGGAUCCAUUAGUAGGUCCCAUGUGGUUUAACAGGAUCAACAGUGAAGCAGGAGCACUACAACAAUGGGAAUAGAUGGGAAAAGAUUAAGAAAUGGGUCCCCAAAUGCAUGUUUGGGUCAAAAGUGGGCCCUGACUCCGAAAAUCCCUGAUCUAGUCCAACCCGCAGCCCAAUGCUUGAAAGCUUCUUCUUGUUGGCAUCCAUCUGUCUCGAGAGACAAUGAAGUGCACCUCUGGGGGUGAAGUCAAACCACUUCUACAGCAUCGCUGCUAGGUGCUUGCCCUAUCUGCACUUCAGGUGGAAUGUACUAGGAGUAUCUCGCUUCCGCAAAGAAUGGAACUCCUUGCAGGACAUUGCUUGCUGGUCAGAGCGGUCCCAUAAAGGAGACGGUGCUCUGAAAGCUAUGGUGGCCCCCAUGUAGUUCUCUUAACAACCCAUGGUCUAAAGCAGAGCUCCCCAAACUUAAGUCUCCAGCUGUUACAACUCCCAUCAUCCCUAGCUAGCAGGACCACUGGGAGUUGUAGUCCAAAAACAGCUGGAGACCCAAGGUUGGGAAACUCUGCUCUAAAGGGAAGCUCCUUGGCCGACACUGCAGUACAGAGCCAUGUUGACAUUCCAUUGCCUGCUCUCUCCAUGUUUUGGAAGGGUAUGUUUGGUGGACAGCUGGAAGUCUUCUGUCCUGAUCAUCUAUGGCAAAUAACAAGCAGAGAGCAGGUUGGCCACAGUCCGAAGGACAAACGCAAUGGCUCCCGGGGGCAGCUUCUCAGGGCUACCUCCACCAUGUGGAGAAGACCUCUAAAAUGUCCCCAGAAGCCCCAGGCACAGAUAGAUGUAACAGCUUUUCCAAACAUGCAGUGUGCUUCCAGGUCUUCCUUCCCACGGUUUGCAAAAAACAAACAAACGUGGAACGCUAAUAAAUUCCCAUUUGGGGAUGUGCGAAUGGUAGAACGCAUAACAAAACAACCCAAGGGUCCUUUAUAUGUAGUUAGUUUCCGCAACAGUCUCAAGCUGGCAGGAUGUGGGUUUGCAGGUGAUGUUAUUUUGACGCAGAUCUUAAGGAGUGUCUUGACACCAUCCCCUCCCCUCCGGUGAAGACCUGGAGAUGCAAAAUAUUUAGAGAGGCUUUUCCUGACCCGGUGUGUCUGCUAGGUAUUUUGGGUUCCAGCUCCCAUCAGUCAGCAGCGCUGUGACGGAGGCUCAGGGAUGAUGCGAGGUGUCGUCCAACCACGUUUUGGUGGAGAAGGCUGAUUCAAAGAGGCAAAGUUCAGUGAUACGAGCACCUAAAGCAGAUGUGGGGCAAACGUUUGGCCCAUGGGAUGUCUCUGAACUACAGCUCCCAUCCUGCCUUGCCAUUGGCUGGGCUCGUUGGGGCUAAUGGGAGUUGUAGUUCAGCAACAUCUGGCGGGCGAAAGGUUCCCCACCUCUAACAUACAAUAAGAGCCCAGAAUGCAGAGGAUUCCCAGGUCCAAUUCCUGACACCUCCAGUUGUAGAAUUGCGGUAUCAGCGCUGGAAUGACCCUGUGGGAAGCUUGGAAGGGGGGAAGGCUCUUAGCUCAGUGGCAGGACACCUGCUUCGCUUGCAGAAGGCUCUUGGCUCCUCUCCUCUCCAGUUCAAAGGACCAGAAGCCCAAGGGGUAGGAAAAAGCUGCCAGCUGAGUUAGAUGGAUGAACCACCUGGCUUGGGGCAAAACAGCUUCCAGUGGUCCCAUCUGUCUCAGGGUGCAUUGCCUCUGCUGCGGCUGGCUGGGCAUGCUUAGUUUUGGGAAGAGAGCGAGGAACUUGGCAGGGGGAUAAACUCCAUGCAUGCGGUUUUGCGCUGAACAUACAGUUCCAGAGGGCAAAGGUUGGGGUCCCUCUGGGCAAAAAGGUAGCAUGCAGAAAACAUUUGCAUGAGGAUUGUGGCAUCAGUCGAGUCAGUGCAAGGCAGAUUCCUAGGUUCAUUUGGAGCUGUUGUUCUAAUACUAAUACUAAUAAAUUUGUUAUUUAUACCCCACCCAUCUGGCUGGGUUUCCCUAGCCACUCUGGGCGGCUUCCAACAAGAGAUUAAGAAUUGUUCCCUAUUUUCCCUAUAUAAGUUUUUGUUCCCUAUAUACCAGGCAUGUCCAACAGGUAGAUCAUGAUCUACCGGUAGAUCACUGGAUGUCUGUGGUAGAUCACUGCUAGAUCACUGGCACCCCAGAAAAAGCUCACCCAAAAUUUCCCUCCUCCCUAAAAAAAGCUGAACAACUAUGACCUGAAGCCCUAAACAAAAAUGGGCCUUCCUCCCUCCUAAAAGAAGCUCGACAAGUUUGACUUAAACCCAAAAAAACAGGGCUUCCCUUCCUUAAAAAAACUCAACAGCUUUGACCUGAACCCCCCAAAAGGGGGUAGAUCACUCCCAGUUUUUAACUGUGAGUAGAUCACAGUCUCUUGGGAGUUGGUCACCCCUGCUAUAUACCCACUUUAGAGAGAGAGAGAGAGAGAUUUCCCCUUAGGGCUGUUUGUAACAACAACAACAACAACAACAACAACAACAACAACAACAACAACAACAACAACAACAACAACUUUAUUUAUACCCCGCCCUUCCCAUUCAAAACCGGGCUCAGGGCGGCUAACAAAAAGAAUAUCAAAACAAGCAUAAAAGAAACAAUUCAAUUAAAAUGCAGAUAAAUACAAUGUUAAAAUUCAAUUUUAAAAUUAGAAAUCUACAAGGGCAACCUCAUUUAAAUAUCUGUAGGAUAAAACCUCAGGGGAGGGUAACACCGGGGUCAGACUGAGUCAGUCCAAAGGCCAAGCGGAACAGCUCUGUAUUGCAGCCCCUACGAAAAGAUGACAACUCCCGCUGGGCCCUAGUCUCCUGAGAGAGAGCGUUCCACCAGGUCG